CAAUGAACACUUGGGGACUAACUAGACCAGACAGCUUCGAGGUCAUGGCAAGUCACUGGAGUGUCACCCGUUGGGCCGCGCUGGCUCUGCUAUGCUGCUUAGCUGGGAAAGGAGCAGAGGCUCAGAAGGGUUCGUAUCCUCCGCAACCUCAAAAGCCUUCGUACCCUCAGAAUCCUCAAACGCCUUCGUAUCCUCCGCAACCUCAAAAGCCUUCGUACCCUCAGAAUCCUCAAACGCCUUCGUAUCCUCAGCAACCUCAAAAGCCUUCGUACCCUCAGAAUCCUCAAACGCCUUCGUACCCUCAGCAACCUCAGUAUCCUCAAACACCUUCAAACCCUCAGUAUCCUCAAACGCCUUCGUACCCUCAGAAUCCUCAAACGCCUUCGUACCCUCAGAAUCCUCAAACGCCUUCGUACCCUCAGAACCCUCAGCAACCUCAAUUGUCGUGGGAUUUUUCAAAGCCUACAAAACCUCAAUAUCCUAAGCCCCAAACGCCUCCAUCAAAACCUCAAUAUCCUAGGCCCCAAACGCCUCCUUCAAAACCUCAAUAUCCUAGGCCUCAAACGCCCCAACAACCUGGAAAAAAACAAUGGGAUGAUACAAAGACUCCGAAUGUCCCUUCCAAGAGACCAGAGGCCCCUGGAGUUCCCACCCCUAAAAGUUGUGACGUGGAAGUAGCUUCAAGAGUCCCCUGUGGAGCUUCUGCCGUCUCUGCUACUGAAUGUGAGGCCAGAGACUGUUGCUUUGACGGCCAGUCAUGCUACUUUGCAAAAGGAGUGACAGUCCAGUGUACCAAGGAUGGCCAUUUUAUCGUUGUUGUGGCCAAAGAUGUCACCCUGCCACACAUUGACCUUGAAACAAUCUCAUUGUUGGGAGGAGGUCAAGGCUGUACACAUGUUGACUCCAAUUCACUUUUUGCCAUCUACUACUUUCCCGUUACUGCUUGUGGGACUGUUGUCAUGGAGGAGCCUGGCGUUAUAAUGUAUGAGAAUCGGAUGACCUCCUCAUAUGAAGUAGGAGUUGGGCCUCUUGGAGCCAUUACCAGGGACAGCACCUACGAAUUGCUCUUCCAGUGUAGGUACAUUGGCACCUCAGUUGAAACUUUGGUGGUCGAAGUGCUGCCAUUAGACAAUCCUCCUCCAGCAGUUGCUGAGCUCGGACCGAUCAGAGUGGCCCUUAGGUUGGCCAAUGGCCAGUGUGCUACAAAGGGUUGCAACGAAGCGGAGGUAGCCUACACCUCCUACUAUUUGGACUCAGACUAUCCGGUUACCAAGAUACUGAGGGAUCCCGUGUAUGUGGAGGUUCAGCUCCUUGAAAAGACAGAUCCCGCUCUGGUUCUGACUCUUGGACGUUGUUGGGCAACCACUAGCCCCAAUCCUCACAGCUUGCCCCAGUGGGACAUUCUGAUUGACGGAUGUCCCUACACGGAUGAUCGUUACCUCUCCACACUGGUUCCAGUGGACGCCUCUUCUGGUCUACAAUUUCCAAGUCACUACCGGCGUUUCAUUUUCAAAAUGUUUACCUUUGUGGACACCACUGCAAUGGACCCCCUGAGGGAAAAUGUGUACAUUCACUGUAGCACAGCUGUGUGCGUGCCAGGACAGGGUGUCAGCUGCGAACCAUCAUGCAACAGAAAAGGAAAGAGAGACACUGAGGCUGCAGAGCAGAGGAAGGUCGAACCAAAGGUUGUGGUUUCGUCCGGAGAAGUGAUCAUGACCGCUCCUCAGGAGUAAUCUGGGACAAGCUCAGGAAUUCAUCUGGGAACAUUUAGAAUUCAACUGGGAACAUUUAGACAAAACUCUUUGAAAAUCAACAAGGUUGUUGAACAGUAAAUAAAAAUGUCACCCUAAGUAUUUCUAAGUAAGUGAUCUAUAUUCACGAUCUAUAUUCAGCAAUUGAUUCAGUUUUGAAGAUAGGAUGAUCGGUUGAUUUCAGUUCUUUGUAAAAAAACAAAAAAAAAAAAAACAUUUGUUAACUAAAUAACUACAUAAAUUCUCCUACUAUGUCAAAGCAAGCAUGAGAAGACUAACGCAGCAGAAUCAUAUUACUGAGGAGUACUCUUAGUUUAGACUACAAUAGUUUAAAACGUCUGUAUGAAUUAAAAUGUAAAAAAAAUGACCAACUUGUGAAAUUGAUGAGUGUCAAUAAAAACAGAAUAAACAUAUUUAUGUUGAAAUUU